AUGAUGAGUAUGAUGACCAUAGCAUCUCUUCUCUCCGCAGCUCUGCUGUUGCUGGUUCCUGGGAUCCUGACUGAAAGUAAUGUAGAAUAUAUUGACUUACUUUACCUCUUAGUAAUGUCAUCUCUAUAACCUAUACACUACACUACAGGAUAGUUGACAUUGUAAAUUACAAUUUCAACAGAGUCUUCCUUUGAGUUGGUGGUAGUCAACAGCAUCUCAAACGCACCCAAUAAGACCUACAGUAUUGAUGUCGUAUUCAGAGGAAUCCUUAUCGGUGCCAUGAGAAGACUGCAGGAGACCAAUGCAGGAUUCAAGUUAGUAGAUUAUUAGGUUACAUUGUCUCAUUGUUAGAUGCUGUAUUGUUAGAUUCUCGGCAGUUGGUGUGUCAGGGAUUUUAUAUUAUGAAGUCAGGUGUCAUUGGUGAGCACUGUUGUUUUUACAGUUUCACCUACACAGAGGACCCCAACUAUGGUCCCUUCCUGGUGAGUGUAAAUGGUGUAGCCGGGAACAAUACUGAGAACACUUUCUGGGAGCUCCUUGUUCAGACUGGGGGGAAUGGGACCACAAUCACACCUAAUGUGGGUGAGUAAUGAUGGAAAGUCUCUCUCAAAUUUUUUGGGUGGUUUAUUUGCUUAGGGACAAGUCAUCUGAUGCAAAUAAGGGAAAAAGCAUGCAUGUUAUUUACAAUGGCAUUCAUAAAAUAUAAAAACACCUCUGUCACACAAAUGUUGCAAAUACUGUACGAUAUAACUACUUAACUACUCACAUAUUGACCUAUUUGGACAUUAUUUCGACAGGUAUUGGCUGUUACAUCCCAGAACGAAAUGACCGCAUCAUACUGAGAUUUACAGUGUUCAUUCCGGGCUCGCACUCCGUGAGUGGCAACAGUUCGAAUCCUGGGAACCUGACAGCAGGAAGUAAUGUAGAACAUUUUUACUUCUAGAACAUGUUUACCUCUUUGCAAUGUCAUCAUCACAGUAUUGACAUUGUAGACAACAUGGUUUUUCAACAGAAUCUUCCAGACUAAAUUCCAUUGAGCUCGUGGUAGUCAACAACAUCUCAAACGCAACCAACAAGACCUACAGUACUGACAUUGCAUUCCGAGGGAUCCUUAUCGGUGCCAUGAGGAGACUGCAGACCAAUGCCGGAUUCAAGUUAGUAGAUUAUUAGCUUCCAUUGUGUCAUUGUCAGAUGCUGUAGAUUGUUAGAUGUGCGUUCAAAUCAUUACAGUUUGAGCAAUUGUGUAGAACCUUUCAGUGACCAUGUACAGACAAUGUUCUGUAGUGCACGGUGUCAUUCAUUGCAUGGCAUGGAGUGAUACUGCAUUUUGCACCUUCUUCAAUGUCAAAAAUAAUUGUGGUAUUCUGGCAUUUCACAAUAUUCUGUUGUUCUUGCAGUUUCACCUACACAGAGGACCUCAACUAUGGUCCCUUCCUGGUGAGUGUGAAUGGUGUAGCCGGGAACAAUACUGAGAAUACUUUCUGGGAGCUUCUUGUUCAGACUGGAGGGAAUGGGACCACAAUCGCACCUGAUGUGGGUGAGUAAUGAUGGAAUGUCUUUCGGUCGGUCAAUACGAUUGGUCAGACCGUCUGUCUGUCUUCAUCUUUCUCUCUCUCUGCAAAGCUAGAGAAAUACAGUGAGGAAAGAAAGUUAUUUUAAAUAAUUUACGUUUAUAAAAUAUAACAACAGCUGUCACAAACAUUUUGCACAUACUGUAUAACUACUCACAUAUUGUGCUAUUUGGCCAUUAUUUCUACAGGUAUUGGUUGUUACAUCCCAGAACAAAAUGACCGCAUCAUCCUGAAAUUUACAAUGUUCACCGCAAGCUUGCAAUCCGCGAGUGGCAGUUGUACGAAUCCUGGCGUGUUGUUGUUUUUG